AUGGGUUAUCCUGUUCGUGUUGUCAGGUCUGAAAAGAAGUGUACUGCAUAUGCCUCUGCGAAAGGAGUAAGAUAUGAUGGAGUUUACAGGAUUGAGAAGUGCUGGCGAAAAGUUGGAAAACAGGGUGUUUUUAAGAUGUGUCGUUACCUGUUUGUGAGAUGUGACAAUGAGGCAGCUCCAUGGACCAGUGAUGAGCAUGGAGAUCGUCCAAGAUCUUUGCCUAAUAUUCCAGAGCUUGAGAUGGCAACAGACUUGUUUGAGAGAAAGGAAAAUCCAUCAUGGGAUUUUGAUGAAAGUGAUGGUCGUUGGAAAUGGAUGAAGCCUCCACCAGCUAGCCAAAAGGCACUUAAUGCUUUGGACCCUAAUGAGAGAAAAAGUGUGAGGAAAGCCAGAAGUUCAACACAGACCGUGAGAGAGAAACUUCUAAAAGAAUUUAGCUGCCAAAUCUGUAGGCAAGUGAUGAGUCUUCCUGUGACAACGCCUUGUGCUCACAACUUCUGCAAGCCAUGCAUAGAAGGCAGAUUUGUUGGGCAAACUGUAAUGACAGAAAGAAGCAAAGGUGGACGUACACUUCGUGCCAGAAAGACCAUCAUGAACUGUCCUUGUUGCCCCACUGACAUUUCUGACUUUCUCCAAAACCUUCAGAGAUAUAAUGGCGGUGAUAGAGAAGCUGAAGAACAAGGAAGAGGAACCAGUGUAGAUGAAAACUCUGACAUUACUGAAGCAGCUGAAGAAGAAACUCCGCUUGUCACUGAAGAAGAUGCUGAACAACCGAGGAAAAGGAUCAAACUGGAUACUGACACACUAGUUUUUUCUGCGACUGUGGUGUAA